AUGGCAGCCAAGGUGCAAGGGGCCCCAGAGGAUGCGCUGGGGUGGAGCGAGGGGAUCGAGGAGCAGCUGGGUCCUGCUGCCCAGGCCACGCUGAGGAUGCUGGACUGGGGCCGGCUGUGUGGGCAGGUGGCCACCUUUGCGCAGACCACGCUGGGCCAGCGCGCGUGCGCCUCGAUGCUGCCGCCGCCCACCGCGGCGGCCAGCGAGCGGGCGGUGCAGGAGACGAGGGCUGUGGAUGCUCUGGAGGCGGAGUUUGCUGCAGACCCGGACUUUGGGGGCAUACAGACGGCGCAGUGCGGCCAGGCGCUGGCGCGGGCCUCCCGCGGCGGCCUGCUCACCGGCCCGGCCCUGCAGGCCGUUGCCUCGUUGCUGCUGGGCGCCGCCAAGCUGCAGCGCGCGGUGCGGGCGGCGGCGCGGGAGGCCGAGGCCACGGGCUACGAGGGGCUGCAGCCGGUCACAGAGGCGUUCAGGGACGUCGCCACCCUCCCCGAGCUGGCCGCCGCGGUCGGUUCGGCCAUCGAGGAGAGCGGCGCGGUGCGGGAGUCGGCGAGCGAGGAGGUGCGGCGCGCGCGGGCGCGGGUGCGCACGAUCGAGGGCCGCAUCCGAGGAAUCCUCAAGGGCUACCAAGGCGAGGUGACGGAGCAGGGGGCACGCAUGUGUGUGGCGGUGCCCGCCUCCCCAGACGGCCCCCCCAAGGGCAUCCUGCUGGGCAGCGGCCCUGGCGGCAGCACCUGGUACAUCGAGCCCCCGGCGGCGGUACCGCUGAACAACGACCUGGCGGCGGCGCGGGGGGAGCUGUAUGGGGCCGAGGAGGCGAUACUGUGGUCCCUGACGGGACGGGUGGGGGAUGAGCGGUACGCGCUGCGGGACAGCUUGGAUAAGGUGGUGUGGCUGGACGGCGUGGCGGCGCGGGCGCGGUACGGCCGCUGGAUCGGCGGCGUACUGCCUGAGCUGGCGCCCUUCCCCAAGACCGGCAAGGCCCGCGGCGGCGGCGGCAGGGCCAGGCAGCAGGCUGCAGAGGAGGCUGUUGGGGAUGGGCAGGGGGAUGAGGGAGAAGGAGGGGAGCAGGAGGAGGCGGAGAGGCAUUGGGUGUACCUGCGGCGCCUCAGGCGCCUUCCAAGCAGCGCCGGCUGA